UUUGUGUGGAGAAACAGAGCUCCAGCGAUGAGUCUGAGCCGGUGUUCCCUCAGAGAGGAGGAGGAAAGGAGGAGGAGGAGGGGGAGGCGGAGGCCGCCUUCCCUGAGCUGCCUCCUCCUCCUCCUCUUCGCCGACAGGGGCGGCACCGUGGGCGGGAAAGCCUCGGACGGUGGCAGCAGGGCCGGGGGUUCCUUCGGCCGCCCCUCCGGCCGGGAGAGACCAGGAGGAGGAGAGGAAGAGGGAGAGGCAGCAGCCGCGGCCGCUGAGGCGAGGAAUGCUCUGAAAAUGGCGUCGGGGCGUCAGGCGCCCAAGAGCGGCUUGCUGGAGCUGAGGGCGGCGGGGGGCGAGCAGUGGCUCCGGGUGCUAGCCUCCCUCUCCGAGGGCGCCCUCAGCGUGGCGCCCCCCGGCGGCAAAGGCCCCGCCGAGGCGCCCGAGGAGGAGACGCCGCUCUCCCUUCAGCAGCAGCAGCAGCAGCAGCAGCAAGUGAAUGGCGGCGGGGAGCAUUCCCCCGGCGCCCUCUUCGUCCCGGACGCCCUCGCCAACGUCAAGAGGACGGUGCGGAUCGUCAAGCAGGAGUCGGGGGGGCUCGGCAUCAGCAUCAAAGGUGGCCGAGAAAAUAAAAUGCCCAUCCUGAUUUCCAAGAUCUUUAAAGGGUUGGCUGCAGAUCAGACAGAAGCACUCUUUGUAGGGGAUGCCAUUCUUUCAGUCAAUGGUGCUGACCUCUCUGAUGCUACACAUGAUGAGGCUGUCCAAGCUCUGAAGAAGACUGGCAAGGAGGUGGUAUUGGAAGUCAAAUACAUGAAGGAGAUCUCUCCCUAUUUUAAAAAUUCAUCAACUGGUGCAACUGUAAGUUGGGACUCUUCACCAGCAGCCUUUCAGAAGCAAGCUUCUCCAAUCCUCUCUCUUCGAGACCUGAAAGAAGGGAAGAAUAUCCCCUUAAAAAUGUGUUAUAUAUCAAGGAAAUGUCUACCUAGUGAUCCAGAAAACAGAUACCUAGAAGUGUGCUCAGCAGAUGGCCAGAUUUCCUUGUUUCUUCGAGCAAAAGAUGAAGCAUCUGCCCAGGCAUGGUUCAGUGCCAUUCACAGCAACAUCAGUGCCCUGUUGCCAAGAGUGAAAGAGGAGCUGAAGGUCUUGCAGUCUGGAGCUGGCAUUGCAGGAAGUAGAGAUAUCAAGCAUAUUGGCUGGCUCACUGAGCAGCUCCCUGGUGAUGGGACAAAGAACAUCCUUGCCAUCCUCACGGAGAAGGAGCUUCUCUUCUACAGCUGCCUCCCACAAAGCAGAGAUGCUCUCAGCAAACCAACACACAGCUUCCCUCUCAUAGCCACUAGGCUUGUGCACUCUGGCCCAUCCAAGGGUUCCCUCCUCUAUGAUACAGAACUCUCAUUUGCUUUGCGGACUGGAACCAAGAAGGGUGUGGAGACACAUCUGUUCAGUGUUGAGACGCAUCGGGACUUGGCUGCAUGGACAAGGAUGCUGGUGGAUGGUUGUCACAAUGCAGCCGAAUGUGUCCAGGAAGUAUCAACAGCAUGUACAUGGAAUGGGAGGGACUGCACACUGUCCAUCCACAUCGAUAAGGGUUUCACCAUUUCUACCCUGGAGCCAGGCCUCACCAAAGUCAUCCUUCUACAACAGCCUUUUGAAAGGCUGCAGAUGUCUUCAGACGAUGGGGCCAAGAUGCUUUACUUGGACUUUGGCAGCUCAGAAGGAGAGAUUCAACUAGAUCUUCAUUCCUGCCCCAAAACUAUUGUCUUCAUCAUCCACUCAUUCCUCUCUGCCAAAGUGACCCGCAUGGGGUUGCUGGCAUAGGGCCAUGGAGAAAAAUCCAGAGAGCACUGAGAUUUCAUGUGAUCUAUGCACGACAGCUAUACCUUCAUGGCAGAAGCAACAUUUUAAGAUGCCAUUACAGAACAGAGCAAGAACAACUGGUGUAAUGUACCCACGGCCAAAGGAAAUAAUGAGACUUCCAGGACUGCUGAUGGAAACACAUGGAUAGGCAACUGUUUAGACGUGCCAGCCCCAGGACUAGACAGACCAUGCAGUAAAAUUUCCAUAUAACGUUUCCCCAUCAACACAUGAUGUUACCCCAAACAUGACAAGCUUGGAAAAUAUGAGACUGCUAAAGAAGUCAUACCAACCGUGUUCUGCUGUCACAUUAGUGCCUUGAAGAUGAUAUUUUAUACAUAUAUAUAUAUAUAUAUCUGUUUGUAUCAAGGUUUUAUAUUUAUAGAACACAGUUUAUCUUAAAAGGAUGGAGACUUGAUGGCUUUUGCUCUGCAUUUUCAACACCACUUUAGAAAAUCUACCACAAUAUGAUGCACAUUACUUGGGGAUAAAACCCACUGGACACAGUAAAACUUCCAAAUAAAAAUGUAUUGGGUUGGUCUGAAAAUGUCCUAAAUUAAUGCAGAUGCUUUCAUUAUCUAUAAUGACAAAAAUUCUUAAGCCAUUUCUCUUAAGAGCCUUGCCGUUUCACUUUCAUGCAGCCAACAAAAGCUGAAACAAGGGACUCGCUUAUAAAAAAUUUAGAGAUUGUUACAAAAGCCAUAAUUCUGAAAAGUCACUUCAUUUGAAAAGGUCAGGAAAACUAGUAUUUUUACUUUGCUUCUUCUUGACCUCUCUGAUGUUGCGUUAUAACUAGAGGUGCUCUUGUGCAGAGGAAACAGUUUUAUAAGCUCAAAAAUUGUGCAUGAAAUUAUCUUCAUUAUUUCCUUUUUUGGUGAAAAUAAAUACAGUUCACGAAAAAUGA